CCAGAGCAGGCACCGUGGGAUCCACAGAAGAACAGCCUUUGACAGCAGCAGCCACCUCUGACCAAAACUAUCAGCUUCAUCAGGCUGCACCAAGACCCAGGACUGCUCCUCCAAGGACAGAGAGGACCAAGCAAUGAUGAAGACCAUGUCUGGUGGAAACUGCACCCUGAAUGUGCCAGCCAAGAACUCGUACCGCAUGGUGGUGCUGGGGGCCUCCCGGGUGGGGAAAAGCUCCAUCGUCUCCCGCUUCCUCAACGGCCGCUUUGAGGACCAGUACACCCCCACCAUCGAGGACUUUCAUCGCAAGGUCUACAACAUCCGGGGAGACAUGUAUCAGCUGGACAUCCUGGACACCUCUGGGAAUCACCCUUUCCCUGCUAUGAGGAGGCUUUCCAUCCUGACAGGGGAUGUUUUCAUCCUGGUAUUCAGCCUGGACAACAGAGAAUCCUUUGAUGAGGUCAAGAGGCUCCAGAAACAGAUCCUUGAGGUCAAGUCCUGCCUGAAGAACAAGACCAAGGAAUCAGCUGACCUCCCCAUGGUGAUCUGUGGCAACAAAAACGACCACAGCGAAGUCUUCCGCAAGGUGCGCUCAGAUGAGGGCGAGGACCUCGUCUCCAGCGACGAGAACUGCGCCUACUUUGAAGUUUCAGCCAAGAAGAACACCAAUGUGGAUGAGAUGUUCUAUGUCCUCUUCAGCAUGGCCAAACUACCUCAUGAGAUGAGCCCUUCCCUCCACAGGAAAAUCUCCAUCCAGUACGGUGACACAUUCCAGCAGAAAUCCUUCCGGAUGCGCCGGGUGAAGGACAUGGAUGCCUACGGCAUGAUCUCUCCCUUCGUCCGCCGGCCGAGCGUCAACAGCGACCUGAAGUAUAUCAAAUCCAAAGUUCUCAGGGAAGGGCAGUCCAGAGAGAGGGAGAAAUGCACAAUCCAGUGAAGGGGGCUUGCACUCCUGUCCGAAGUCAGCAUCCACAUGCAGUGCCUUAAAGAAAAAUGAUCUGUGGAAGCACAGAACGGGCUGAUGGGGUUCACGGGGAGGUGCCACACGGAGGAAGGAUGACUCUUCCUGAGGGUUCUGCUGGCCCAUGAAUGUAAAUAACAUCGUCCUCGUGAAUGACUGGGAAAACCAUAUGCCUGAGAUACGACUGCAUUCCUCUGUCUUUGUAACGUCCUUCCUCUUCGUUCUCCUUUUUGUUUAGAGAAAACAGGCCCAAGGAGUAAAGACAU